AUGAGCACCAACGCUAGUGAUGAACAAUUUCACCAGCAAAUAGAUCGCCUGCAGUUGGUGGCAAAGUUGCUUAAUUUCCGAGCAUGCCGCUCCGAAGAAACGAACAGAAAAUCAGCUCUUGCAAUGAAAAAAAUGCAAGCAAAUAAGAGCAGCCUAAAAGAACAGUCCCAAGAGAUUGUCGAGGACUUAGAAGGUGUCAUUUUCUCGAUCGUUACAUCAUUGAAAGCUUUCCAAGCAGAAGCAAGAGCAACCCUAUUCAGCCUGCAGACGCAGUUGCAAGGAUCUGAGAAGAAUUUAAUGACGGCGAACGAAACGAUCAAACAGUUGACGGAAAAAGUUGAGCAACUGGAACUAACUGUUUCUGAGAACAAGCGGCUAUUUGAAGUUAACCUACAAGCGAUCCAUAUUACCUACAUAAAUAUAAUGGAAAGCAUAUUUGAAAGGAUACAAACAAAAAUAUUGAAAGACCUUGAGGAGCUAUCUGAUCACAACGACCAGCUCCACGGGACGUUCACUUCUGACUUCAAAGCAUUGGGCGUUGAGUCAAAGUUGAACGCAAUAUAA